UCUUCCUUAAGUCGACCCCGUGCCUGAAAACCAACCUCUUUUUCAGCCGGCUGGCUAAGAUGGCGGACGCCAAGCAUAAGAAGUUGAUGGCAGACAUUGCCAAAGGGGGUCUUCCCUCUCUUUUCAAGAAACCUGGUGGAUUCAAGACCGCAAGACAGGUCCUGGUAAUUGAUGGAAGAGGGCAUCUUCUUGGACGUCUUUCUGCAAUUGUUGCAAAGCAGGUUUUGCUUGGUCGCAAAGUAGUAGUUGUAAGAUGUGAAGGCAUCAACAUUUCCGGAAACUUCUACCGUAACAAAUUGAAGUACCUUGCUUUCUUGCGAAAACGUAUGAACACCAAUCCAUCCAGGGGCCCUUACCAUUUCAGAGCACCCAGUCGCAUCUUUUGGAGAACUGUAAGGGGCAUGCUGCCACACAAAACUAAGCGCGGGCAAGCCGCUUUGGAGAGGCUUAAGGUUUUUGAUGGCAUUCCUCCUCCUUAUGACAAGAGAAAGCGUAUGGUAGUUCCUGCUGCUUUGAAGAUUGUGCGCCUGAAGCCAACACGUAAGUUUGCUUACCUGGGCCGUCUUGCACAUGAAGUUGGCUGGAAAUACCAAGCAAUAACCGCUACCCUGGAGGAGAAGAGGAAGGCAAAGUCCAAGAUCCAUUAUGAGAAAAAGAAAAUCGCAAUGAAACUGAAGAGGCAAGCAGAAAAGAACGUUGAGAGCAAAAUCUCCAAAUACACAGAUGUCCUGAAACAAUAUGGAAUUCUUGUCUGAUAUUCCAAAAAGUCCUUUGAAAUAAACUUCGGAAAAAAUCUUUGGUUUUUAUGGGUUUUAUUUAUAUCUAAAGAUUAAUUUUACAAAUAUUGCAGUAUUGUGUGCAGCCCGGAUCCAGUUUUUCCUAGGAUAAGUUUGUUCCACCCUUGAGGCUAAAGGCAUGUCUACAAAAUGGGUAUCCAGUACAUCCUUGUUUUAGCAGGUGAAAUUGCUUAAGAUGAUGGAUACCUUCAUGUCCCUAAAUGUGUUGAGGAUGCAGAGAGGAUUCACAAUAGGAUAUCUCAAUGUUUAUACAAAAUCCCAUAGCCUUCUAGCUCAGUGCAAGACAAAUGUCAGGUCAUCACUUGCAACUAAAUAUUGUGGCCUGGUGCCCAACAAAUUGCUCUCUAAUGCAGCUGCACUCGUGUCUGAGCAUUCAUUGCUGCAGCUCUACUCCUCCUCCCCUCACUUUGAAACACACAGCAAAUAAACUAGUAUGCAGUUUGCUUUUGAAUAGCCGUGGUCAUGCAGUGUUGCUAAAUGUAUUUGUUCUAAAUGGGGUUCGAUAGACCGAGCUGUCAACGCAUUGCUGUCCCAACAUCAGUCUGAACUGAGCAGGUUUGAAUCAGUUACCCUAGACAGUAUCUGGAUGCCACCCACUGCCUUAUUUUUUUUAUUUUGUGGAAACCAUGGGUGGUGGGGCAACAUGUAAUCUUGCUCCUUUUUUUCCAGCUAUAAGCACCUAAUUGACUCAGUUUAUACCAAUGAGCUAACAAUUUUAAUGAAAUACAGCAAGCAACUCUCCUGUUGUAUGCUCCCCAAAAAUUCUUAACUCCUAGCCGCAAUACUGUACUUUAACCUAAAGUAUGUUAAGGUGGUAAGCACGUGUCGGUGGAACUGCAUGUUUGAAAGCCGGUUGGUUUGGACUCAAGUUGCUGUAAACUUGUGUGCUUUCAUUGGAGGGGCUCUACUCAUUGGAGGGGUCUACUCCAUAAUUUGUUUAAAAAGAUGCAUAAUACCUUAUUACCCAUUCCCCAGUUUUGCAUAUUGUAUUAUAAUAUACAUUUUAACUCUUA